AUGAGUGCAGGGGGAGCUUUUGGUGGUAAUAGAGGAGUUAGCCCAGUGCCACCCGAAAAAGGAGAGUUCCCGCUAGACCACAUGCAUCUAUGUGACCUGGAGAAGAAAGAUUAUGUCAACUGUUUAAAAUCUUCUCGCCAUAAAUCUGAAAAUGGUAGAUAUUUCUCUAAGAAGUACCUUGAAUGUUGUAUGGAAAGGAAUUUUGGGAUAUCUUUGGCUGAAGUGUGUCACUCCACUUUUGUCGCCAUCUUCCCCGGCUUCUUUUGUUGUGCUGUAGUUUUAGCAAUAGCCUCAUCUAUCAGUCCAUCUUCAAAUGUAGCCUGCAACAGGAGCCAAAAACUUGCUCAGUAA